AUCGAUCAAGAUGAAUUGCACGUUCUCUUUCGUUUCUAAUUUCCCUCCCUCGCGGAUUCUAUCCACAAGCCUGCAAUAGAGAGAUAAAGUUUAGCACUCCACGGUUGCAAUUCAUAGACCUCGCUGUUAGGAGACAUGACGGAGUAUGAUGAACGUGGCAACAGUACGUCAAAUAUGUAUUUGCCAAAUUGCACAUACUAUGUCUCGGGACCAGAUUUUUCGUCCGUUUCACCGUUUAUACCACAGAGUACCGCGUGCCAAAUGAAUUUUCCUUAUUCCUCUAACAUAGCUCAAGUGCAGCCUGUGCGAGAAAUGUCUUACAGGGACUAUGGUCUCGAGCAUCCAAGCAAAUGGCAUUACCGAAGCAAUUACCCCUCUUACUAUUCAGCGGAGGAGCUUAUGCAAAGAGACAUUUUCUCGUCCUCGGGGCGGACAGACAUGAUUUUCAAAAACGAUGCGGUGUACCCACAUCACGGUGGGACAAAUUCGUCCUGCAAUUUCCUCUCCAAUGUUGGUAGGAAUGGCGUUUUGCCUUCUGGAUUUGACCAGUUUUUCGAGGCUGCCAGCGCCGAGAGACCACCGAGUCAUUCCAAUGGCAAGAACAGCUCGAGUCCAACCGGAGUGGAGUCCACUAGUAAACCGUCUUCAGACUUCACGGCGGGUCACCAGGAGUUAAAUAAGGCCGAGGAGUCGCCUUUGUCUGACUACACAGAGGAAAGAACCGGCGGAUCUGACUCAUCGAAGUCAAGAAAAAAAAGAUGUCCUUACACCAAAUACCAGAUCCGAGAACUUGAACGAGAAUUCUUUUUCAACGUUUACAUCAACAAAGAAAAGAGGUUGCAGCUGUCCCGUAUGCUAAACCUCUCAGACAGACAGGUCAAAAUCUGGUUCCAGAACAGGAGGAUGAAGGAGAAGAAGCUAAAUCGAGACCGGCUUCAAUAUUUCAAUGGGAACCCUCUUUUCUAACCGAGGUGGACGUGAAACAAUACGCUGGUCCUCCUGACUGACAGGACAGGGGCUCUUACACUGACACAUGAUAAGGCGAGAAGAACUGUAAAUCGAUCAUUGCAAUAAUAGCUGCAACAGCAGCAAACUAUGCAAAUGUAUGGAAUUAGCCUACGUGUUGACAAAGCGUCUUUAUUAAGCAUAUGCUGUAUCUUUAUACCUCAACAAUCACAACCUCGCAAAAAUGUAUGUUCAGUGGUUAAUUUCUUUGGAGAGAUAUUAUCUUGACAAUCUAUUUUUGUUCAGUUCGGUGUGACUAAAACGUUACAGCGUUCUUGUUUUAUUUAUUUCGUUUUCGUUCUCUUUGGUUAGCUUUGAUGCUUCAGCGCGUUCCUGCGGAGAGCACCUCCAGUGUACGCUACAAUCAUAAAGGCUACAUGCAAUUUAAUUAUAGGCAUAUCUGAUCCUUUCUUUUGUGGUCCGCAUGUGAUAUAGUAUGGAAGGAUUGAAUAAAACCAAACCAAUGCA